UUAGGCAAAUUCCUAACAAAGAUACGUACAUCAUCAGUACGUUACGUUAUACGGGACCUAUCUACUACCCAAACCCUUUAGCCCCUAUGUCAGAUCCGGCCGCAGUAUAUAAUUAUUAUUUCGACUGUCUGACGGACAGCUGGGAAAGUCCUAUAGUUCCGCGAAGCCGUGAACAAGACCGGAUGUUUCUCCUCUCCGCGAUGUAACUUCGUUGCGCGAACAGUUCCACUUUUAGCUCUUGAUUGGCCAAGACCUACGGAUUCUCCCCCUCAAUCUCUCUCUCUCUCUCCCUCUCCCGCUCUCACUCUCUUUCUCUCCCUCAUCUGCGCCCAGGUUGUAAGUUGUUCACACUUCAUUAGCGCGUGCUCUUUCUUCUCGCGUUGAAGAGACCGCCCAAAGUGACAAGAUACUGUGAAGACUACAGUACGGUCUUCAGCAACUGAGAGAGACCCAACUAGCAGCGAACACAGCAAGGAAAGUUUCACCUUUCUCGGUGGGCAUUGUUCGGCAUUUCAUUUGACAAUCAUUAUAUUUGUCCCCCUCAGAGGAUUUCUGUUUCUACCAGACAAGAUUACUGAAUCGUGACAGCAGAAACUUGAGUGACCAGAAUAAAACAAAGGGAAAACAAGUCACAGGUGUAGAGCUGUGCUAUUUAUUUCUGUCUCCGAAGAAUUCUCCGUCGUCAAAAUGAUACAAGGUCGCGUCUUGGUGUUGAUUUGUGUCCUGAUCUUGGCGGUUUCCGCUUCAGUUAGCGAGACAAUCCGGCAAAUCCCGCUGAUGGAGGUCGGAAGUCUGUGGGUCAAGGCCGUUGAGACCCUGGCGUCUCGUCUGCUCACUGCCGUCACCACCGUACCGGAUAUGACGGACCCUCUGACGUAUGCAAAACUUGCGGUGCUCGCUGGCGUGCUGUACGGUGUGUGGGCCGUGUUUUUCCGACCUUUGAACCGGGUGCGCAAACUUGGGGACAUCGGCUACAUCCCAGAGGGAGCCUACUCCACCAAAGAAACCGCCAGUAUGGUGCAGAAGCGACGCAAGGUGGGCAAGAUCCCGCCCCCUUACCCCAACGGCUGGUUUGGAAUUAUGGAGAGUUUUCUGCUGAAGAAAGGAGAGGCUAAAACUGUCAGUAUGCUUG